UGAGCAGUCAGCUCUCUUCUUGUAGUUGCUUUUGUUUGUAAGAGCUGCAUGUGUGUCUAUGUAACAAGCCCUCCCAGGGGAUCAGUGUGAAUGAAUCCAGUGCUUAGCAGCAGCAGCAGCAGCAGCAGCUCUGUGCCCAUGAUCAGCAGCAGCAGCACAGCCUGGUGUCCUUCCCCUGCCUGCAUCAUGCUGCCUCUUGUGUGUGAUCUGCCCAGACGCAUGUAACAUGGAUUAGGAGCACAGCACAAGGAGCUGGAGUUGGAGGAAGUCCUCGUACUGACUGCCUUCUACAGUCCCUGCACUCUCUGCACCUACCUACCAGAGGGGAUUCACUUCUAUUGUAUCCACUGAGUGCACCUUAUGGAUGUGGAUAUGCUUGCACUGGCACAGGGAGAGCAGUGCCAGGUCUGUGCCCUGCCAGGGAUGCUGGAGACCAGGCAAAGGAAGAGCAGGACCCGCAGGAAAAGGAAAGAGCUGCUGCUGGGGCAGCUGUGCCUCAUGGGCAGCCUGAUGCUGCUGGCCUCUGCUGUCUCCCACUGGGCUGGAAUACUGGGUGUUGAAGAAGACAACUCAUUACAUAGAAACCAGAGAAAUGUAUUAGAUGUUCAUACCAAUAGUAAUGGACGAGGACUGCUUUGGACAGAUGGUGAAAAUUUCACCGAAAUUCAAGGUGAACACAGACGCAAGAACUGCACUGAACCAGCUCUUCAUGAAUUCCCCAGCGAUAUCUUCUCACAUGAGGAGCGGCGGCAUGGAGCCAUCAUUCUGCAUGUACUAUGUGCGAUGUACAUGUUUUAUGCUCUUGCAAUUGUCUGUGAUGACUUCUUUGUCCCUUCGUUGGAGAAAAUUUGUGAAAGAUUGCAGCUCAGUGAAGAUGUGGCCGGGGCUACAUUUAUGGCCGCUGGGAGCUCAGCCCCAGAAUUGUUUACAUCUGUGAUAGGAGUGUUCAUCACAAAGGGAGAUGUGGGAGUUGGAACCAUCGUUGGUUCGGCUGUAUUCAACAUCCUAUGUAUAAUUGGAGUCUGUGGCUUGUUUGCGGGACAGGUGGUCGUCCUGUCGUCUUGGUGUUUAUUGCGAGAUGCUUCCUACUACACCUUGUCUGUUAUUGCACUAAUUAUAUUUAUAUAUGAUGAAAAAGUUGCCUGGUGGGAGUCCGUCAUUCUGGUCACGAUGUAUGCUAUUUACAUUCUUAUAAUGAAAUUCAACUCAUCUAUUCACCAGUGCUUUGAAAAAAGGAUAAAAGGAGCUGGAAAUCUGCCAAAUGGGCUGGCAAGUAAUGCAGAAAUAGAUGACAACAUCAACUGUGAUGCAACUGUGGUGCUACUCAAAAAAGGUACAGGAAAUUUUCACCGUAAAACCUCAGUGAUUAUGGUGGAUGAGAUUCUUUCUGCAUAUCCACACCAGCUUUCAUUCUCCGAGGCCGGAUUGAGGAUCAUGAUUACUAGCCACUUUCCACCAAAAACUCGUCUCUCCAUGGCUAGUCGCAUGUUGAUAAAUGAGAGACAGAGAUUAAUAAACAGCCGAGUCUACGCAAAUGGAGAAUCGGAGGUUUCGAUUAAAAUUCCUAUUAAACAUGCUGUUGAGAAUGGAACAGGUCCUGGAAUAUCUACAGAAAGAAAUGCAAAUGGCACACGAAAAGAUGAAGAUGUUGCUGAAGCUGGCAAUGAAACUGAGAAUGAAAAUGAAGACAAUGAGAAUAAUGAAAAUGAUGAAGAUGAAGAAGAGGAUGAUGAUAACGAUGGACCUUUCACACCAUUUGAUAUUCCCGCUGGGAAGGUUACUAAACUAAAAUGGGUGGUCACCUGGCCAUUGAGUUUCCUUAUGUACUUCACCGUACCCAACUGUGCUAAACCUCGAUGGGAGAAAUGGUUUAUGUUUACUUUCAUCGGAUCUUCUAUCUGGAUCGCAGCUUUCUCUUAUGUGAUGGUCUGGAUGGUCACUAUAAUCGGGUUCACCUUGGGAAUACCAGAUGUAAUUAUGGGCAUCACCUUCCUGGCUGCUGGAACAAGUGUCCCGGACUGUAUGGCCAGCCUCAUAGUUGCAAGACAAGGUAUGGGAGAUAUGGCUGUAUCCAACUCUAUCGGAAGCAAUGUAUUUGAUAUACUUAUUGGCCUCGGACUCCCUUGGGCUCUACAGACUCUCGCUGUGGACUAUGGUUCAUAUAUACAUCUUAACAGCAGGGGCCUCAUAUAUUCUGUGGCUUUGCUCCUGGCUUCCUUGUUUGUUACGGUCUGUGGUGUUCACCUGAACAAGUGGAAACUGGACAAGAAGCUAGGACUGACAUGUAUAUUUCUGUAUAGCAUCUUCCUGUGUAUCUCCAUCCUCACGGAAUUCAAUGUUUUCACUUAUGUGAACUUGCCCAUGUGCAGAGGCGGAAUCUGAUCUAGCAGGCAGACGUGUCACAGAGACUUUAUUUUACUGUUUGGUGCAAUACAAAGAAACGACCCUCGCCAUAAAAAUGGUGAUGCACCCGGAGGUCGUCAAGUCUGUCUCGGUCACUGUUCAGGGGAAUUACUUCUUUCUAUGGCUCCUCAUUCUGCUCAAUGGGGACAUUUUCUUCAUAGUCUUUUUUGUGUUUUUUUUUUAUUGUUUGAGAUUCCAAUAUUUGCGAAAAUGUUGUCCUUUUUAACAGUGACCAGGGUUUUAGAUAAAAGGCUGCUAACUGGCCCAGAGCCAGCCCCAAUCAAGUCUGCUACAAAUCCUUCUUAUUUAUUUGGUGAGGAACUUAAUGUAAUUUAUAACUAGAGAUUGUUGAAAAGUUGCAGAAGAAUGGAAACUAUUCAUUACCAGGGAUUCAUUUUGAGGAAUAUCAAGGGAUGAAAUAGCUGAAACCCUUUCCCAAAUUGAGAUGGAACAAGCUUUGAUGAACCCAGUGGACAGCAGUGCACAUUUGAAGCAAGGUCACAGGCUGACAUAGGAA